AUGUUUUUGUCAUUUAUAUGUGACCUCAAACCAUAUGUGAUUCUGCAAUUCAAACAAAAAAGGAAGGAAAAGGGAAGGGAAGUUAAGGAAAGGAAGAAAAGGAAAGGAAGGGGGAGAUAUAGGGGAAAAGAAGGGAGGAUAGAAGAAAGGAAAGACAGGGAAGGAGGAAUAGAGGGAAGGAAGGAAGGAAGGAAGGAAGGAAGAAAGGGAGGCAGGAGGGAAGGAAGAAAGGAAGGAAAAGGAAAAAAGGGAGGGGAGAGGAAGGGGAGGGAGGGAGGGAAGGAAGGAGGAAGGAAGGAAGGAAGGAAGGAGGAGGAAAAGGAUGGAUGGAGGGAAGGAAGGGAGGGAGAGAGGAUAGAAAGGAAGGAAGGAAGGAAGGGGGAGGGAGGGAAGGAAGGAAAAAAGGAAAGAGGGAGAGAGGGAAGUAAAGAAGAAAAAGGAAGGAAGGAAGGAAGAAAAGGAAGGAUGAGGAAAAGGAUGGAGGGAGAGAAGGAAGGGAGGGAGAGAAGGAAGGAAGGAGGGAGGCAAGGAAGGAAAAAGGAUGAAGGGAGAGAAGUAAGGGACGGAGAGAAGGAAGAAAGGCGGGAAGCAAGGAAGGAAAAAAGGAAAUGA